AUGUCUCUGUUCACCGAUCUUUCGAUCCCUCAGCUAAACAUUUCGUACAAGCAACCUCUCGGACUGUUCAUCAACAACAAGUAUGUGGCCUCCAGCGACAAAAAAACAAUCGAAACCGUCAACCCUGCCACCAACACCCCUAUCACGUCGUUUUACGCGGCUUCUGAGGCCGACGUAGGCACCGCAGUGGCAGCAGCCCGCGAGGCGUACGAAACGGUGUGGAGCAAGACCUCUGCUGAGCACCGUGGUGCCCUCAUCAGCAAUCUGGGAAAACUCAUCGUCGAAAACAAAGAACUCCUUGCGGCCAUCGAAACACUGGACUCCGGUAAACCUUACUACACCAACGCACUAGGGGAUCUCGACCAGAUUUCGCAGUUGACCACUUACUACGCAGGCGGCGCCGAUAAGUACUCCAAGGGCCAGAUGAUCCCUGUCAACAACGAUAAAUACGCCUACACCGUCAAGGCACCUUACGGGGUCGUCGCCCAGAUCGUGCCCUGGAACUAUCCCUUGGCUAUGGCUAGUUGGAAAAUGCAGGGCGCCCUCGCUGCAGGUAACACCAUUGUCAUCAAACCUGCAGAAAAUACGUCGUUGUCGCUACUUUUUUUUGCACAGCUUUUUGAGAAAGCUGGCUUUCCCCCCGGCGUGGUCAACGUGCUCCCAGGUCUUGGAGCUGUCACUGGCUCGAGUUUGGCCUCGCACAUAGACGUCGACAAGAUCGCUUUCACAGGCAGCACCGCUGUGGGACAGAAAGUCAUGGCUCUGGCAGCCACGUCGAAUUUGAAAGCCGUGACGUUGGAAUGCGGUGGCAAGUCGCCCGGUGUUGUUUUUGCCGACGCCAACCUCGACGAGGCCGUCAAAUGGACUGCAGCUGGUAUUUACUAUAACUCUGGGCAAAACUGCACUGCCAACUCGCGUUUGCUUGUGCAAGAAUCGAUCUACGAUGAAUUUCUAGCCAAAUUCACCAGACAUGUGCAAGAAGAAUGGACUUUUGGCUUUAACAGCGACCCUUUUGACAAAUCCUGCACUGUUGGGCCUGUCAUUUCCAAAGCGCAGUACGACAGAGUCCGUGGGUACAUCGAACACGGUAAAACUCAAGAAAAACUCAGCGUGAAACAUAUGGGGACUGAUCCACAGAACGAUGGCUUUUUCAUCACCCCAACUGUGUUCACAGAGGUUCCUGCAGAGUCCAAACUAUUUCAAGAAGAGAUUUUUGGGCCUGUUGCAGUUCUUCAGAAAUUCAAAGACUACGAUGAAGCCAUUGCGCUUGCCAAUAACACUACCUACGGCUUGGCGUCGGCAGUUUUCACUGAAGACAUUCGCAAGGCCAACUUUUUCGCGCGAGACAUCAAGGCCGGAACCGUGUGGAUCAACUCAUCCAACGAUGAGGAAAUCUCAGUUCCUUUCGGUGGCUUCAAGAUGAGCGGAAUUGGCCGUGAACUUGGUGAAAGUGGUAUGGACGCAUACACUCAAACAAAAGCCGUGCACGUCAACAUAUCUAAGCUUUAG